CACCGCCUUAUCCCCUUCAUUUCCCUCUUCCCGCCUCCUCAUCCACCUCCUUCCUCGCCGCCGGCGAAUGCCUCCACCGGCGGGGCUGCUCCCCUGGCCGGCGCCGUCCGCCGCGCGCCUGGCCGCCCCGACCCGGACGCGCCCUCCUCCUCGCACUCGCGUUCGCCCUCCACCCCCUCCCGCUCCUCCCCCGCCGCCACCGCCUCGGCUCGAGCCCGUCGUCGUCGUCGCGCCGAGCACAACCACGGCCACCGCGACGCUGCCUCCCAUCAUCACCCCCACCUUGUCCCCCUCCACCUCCACGUGCCUCGAAUGCGUCCACUUCAACUCGUGUUCGGGUUGCACGCACGAGGUGGAUCUGGACAAGCCGCCGGUGCUGCAGGAGGUGGAGAAUUUCUUCAAGGGUCACGGAGUUGGAGAUUUCACCUUCAGCAGAGGCAGGCUGAGGGAGUGGCGGUGCCGUGCAAAGCUAGCUAUACGUGGAACACCAGAGAACCCGUUGAUUGGCCUAUAUCAGGAAGGGACACACGCUGUUGCAGAUAUUCCAGAGUGCAGAGCUCAUCACCCAAGCAUCAAUGCUACUGUCAAGCUUCUAAGACAAGCUAUAUCUGAGUUGAAUAUUGAGCCAUUUGAUGAGGAUGCGAGUACCGGCGAACUGAGAUAUGUGCAGAUGGCUGUGACAACGUAUAACACAUCUAUUCCAGUUGCUAAAAGAUAUGAGCAAGGAAGAGUUCAAGUUUCGUUGGUUUGGAAUUCAAGGGAUGAGCGAUCCAAAAAUGCAGAGAAGUUGAGCUUGUUGUCAGAAUUCUUAUGGAGAAAUGGGGGACCAAGAAGUAAUGUUCAUCUGAUUCACUCUAUAUGGGCUAAUUUUCAGACAUCAACCAGCAAUAUAAUUUUUGGGCAUAAAUGGAGACAUCUCAUUGGGGAGAACGACUUAUGGGAGCGUUAUGGUGGAGUUGAUAUUUCUCUGGAUCCUUAUAGCUUUGGGCAGGCUAAUACUUUGUCUUUUAAUGCGUUACUGCAUACGUUGCACAAAUAUGUACCACGUGGGUCAACAGUUGUUGACCUGUAUUCUGGUGCUGGUGUUAUUGGAUUAUCUCUUGCUGCUUCGAAGAAAUGUAGGUCUGUGAAAUGUGUUGAGAUUAACAAAUUGUCAAAAAUGUCUUUUGAAAAAUCAGCAAGCCGACUUCCCCCAAACCUGGGUUGUACCAUAACUUGGCACAACACUGAUGCUUCAGUUGAACCUGUUCAUUGGCUCGAAGGGUCAAGUGUUGUUAUUGUGGAUCCACCCAGGAAAGGAUUGCACCCCUCUGUUAUCUGUGCUUUACAGAAAGUUGCUUUGUCCGAACGCAAGGCAUAUAAGGCGAAAAGUACACUUACAAAGGUCAAAGAUGAGAAGAGGCCAUGGAUCCUAAGAGCAAGAGAGGCAGCUGUUCAGGUUGAUAGUACACCAUUGGAAGGAAGUAGUGAAACGUGGCCAGAAACUCUUAUAUACAUUAGCUGCGGAUGGGACAGUUUUAAGAAGGACUGCAAAAGCUUGAUGUCCAGUAAGGCUUGGCAUUUGCAGAAUGCUCAUGCUUUUAAUUUCUUCCCUGGCACUGAUAGCAUCGAAGUGCUGGCAAUCUUCAAACGAGAAUCGGAAGCAGUUCAAAAGAAAAAGAAGAAAGCUAAGAAGAAGAAAGCCAAGUAGACACCCGAAAAGCUAACCUUACAGAAACAAUUUUGCUAGAUCUGGAAGGCUGGAAGUGACAAGAUCUGGUAUACGUUUACCUGUGUAAUUAACGUGGGUCCUGAAGAAUUUAACACCCUCCAACCAGGCAUCAAUUUAAUACCCGGAAGAUUCAUGUAAUUCAAAGAACUUGCCCAAUUAUCUGGUUUAGUUUGUCUCAGUAUCUGGACCUUCCAUUCUGUGCUUCUAUAGUAUAGAAGAGAAAAGGUCCAAGGUUCAUAUCUCUAAGGUUGCAAACCUCCCAAUUAAUGUUGUUAGUUGACAGGACGAAUGAAAAUUCACCAAAACA